UUGUUCCUUUUACAUUUGUUCGGAGCACUUUUUUCCCCACUGAGUCCCAUGAAUUACUUGUGGUCUGCCUUGACUGAUAGAGAAGAGUUGUUACAUCUACUUGUGGUUUGUUCAGUUUGAGGAGAGAUUGUGAAGAUAGGAAUCCUGGUUUUGCCUGGUCUGUUUGAAGGGAGAUCGUGCAGACACUCAGUAGUCCUGCUCUGUAAGUGCUGCUGGAAACGAGACUUUGCAUCCAGUGCUCUGCAUGUGCUGCUGGAAGGGAGAUCGUGCAGACACUCAGUACACUUGCUCUGCCUGUUGCUGGAAGGGAUAUAGUUCUUCUCACAGUAGUACCCUGCUCUGCUGCUGUAAAAAGAAUUUGCAUACGUGCCCUGCUCUGCUUGUGUUGCUGAAAGGGAGACCGUGCUGUCACUUGCUCAGUCUGUGUUGCUGGGAGGCAGAUUAUGCAAAAAGUACCCCUGAUCUGCCUGUGCUGAUCGACAGCUUUUUGCAACUAUUAAACCUCCUUUCUUUCCAUGUGUUGAAAUCAUUCUUACCUCACCCACAACCUGUACCGGUGAACAAGGUACCUCCCUUACCUGGGCAAAGGGAGUGGUUUCAUUCUGUUGUUCUGCUCUCAAAGCCGGAAGGAACAAUGUUGCAAAUUCAGAAAAAUUAAAAAGAAAAACAGAUUUUAGAUGGGAAGCUACAGGGUGGUUAUCCACAACCCUUUACUUCUGUUUCUUAUUUUCAUUUUGGAAAAAAAAGGAAGUGGAUUUGUAGUCAGUAGGAUGGGGAAGAAGCGGAUUCUGAUCUGGGGGCUGCUGUUCAUCGUUUACUUCCAGACCUGUGUGGUAUAUGAAGCUGCUUUAACAGUGAAGAUAGGAGAGGUGAAUGGUACAAUAGUUCUAUCCUGUAGUAAUGGGACUGUGAGAACAAAAAAAGUGGGAUGGUUUAAAGAUACCAGCACACAAACCGUUCUGGCUGUGGACAGUGACAUCCCAACUGACAAACGGUGUGCAAGAGUUAAUGAAAGCUCUCUCUCAAUAACAAGCUUGAGGAUAGAAGAUCAAGGAAACUAUACAUGCACGGACGGUUCAGAAUCAAUCUCUACUGUACAGCUGCUUAUUUCUAGUGGCCCAUAUAAUGUAUUUGUCAGCAUUACUCCCAACAAUACUUUACCAAAUGGUACAAUUUACACUACCAAAGGCCGCAUGCUUUCCUUCUUCUGCUUCAGCGACUCCUAUCCCUUACCAAACAUGGAAUGGGUGCUAAACUCACAAGAUAAGAAACCAGAGGUGUUCCACUCCUCAACCAACAACAGCACAAGCACCUUCUAUGUGUUCCAUGUGGGCAAUGACUUUCAAGGCAACUAUUCCUGCUCAGCUGAGAAUCCUAUUAGUGGCAGAAGGCAAACUUCCACACAGGAACUUCUAGUAUACUAUCCACCUACCUCUAAAAUAUCUUGUUAUGCAAACAGUUCUACAGACCUUUCCCAGCUGUUCCUCUUUUGUAAAUGGGCGGGUGGAUAUCCUGCUCCAACGUUGCAAUGGGAACAUAAUGGUAACGCACUGACAAAUCAGACCGUUCCCAGCAAUGAUACUGAGGUUCUGAUAGUAUCAGUGGAACAUUCCCAACUGAGUGACGGCCAGCAGUUUGCAUGUCAUGGAAACAACUUGCUAAUUGAAGGCAGAAGUGAAAAGAACACCUGUCAACUACAGAUAGCUCUUCCAAUACUGCAGUCUCAUCCUAUGAGGAACUGUUUCUCAGGCGAGAAUGUGACUCUUUCUUGUUCUGUAAAUAGUGCCAAUCUACCUGCUAAAAUCAGUUGGUUACAUAAUUUGAGCCAGCCUGAAUUAGAAAUCCAACCAGGAGAAAAAUAUGCGAUCUGGCAGAACAGCACCCUUUCCUACCUCACCAUUAUCAACUGCUCCCAUGAAAAAGAUGAGGGAUAUUAUACUUGUAAAGCUGAGAAUGUUCUGGGAAUGAAAGAGAUCAACGUAUGGCUGUCUGUAAAUAAACCACAUAACAUUGUGGGAUUAGUGUCUAUUCUUCUGCUCCUGUUUUUGUUGGUGGUGGCCAUAAUCACAGGGACCAUCUUAUACUGUGACCCUCAAACAUAUCUGAAAGUUAACCCUUUCCGCUCUGAAGCCACUGAUCUCCUCGUGAUAAUUGACUCAGACGAUGAAGAGGAAAUGGUUGAAGUACAAAAACCACCAGAGAUGGAUGAUGGUAAAGAUGAAGUAAUAAGUGAUCCUUCACCUGCAAACAGAUAUAUCAAUAAACACCAAGUCAUGUACCACCAACCCCCUAGCAGUGCGGUGCAGAGUGACAGCACAAAGGGGAGAAAAGAUCUGAGUUCUGAGCUGGUCAGUGACAUCGCAGAGGAGAAAGAAGAUGAGAGUCCAAGGGAAGAACUUUAAUUUUGAGAAACCUGUUUAUCACUGUCUUUUACCUCCAGAACCCAGGGCAUCAUGCACAGCUUUGUCAACGUGGGAACCCUUAAGUGCUAGUCGUGUUGCAUUAAUCCUUCCACUGUAAUAUUGUGCUGCAUAUUCAAUUUCCAUUAUUAUAAUUAUUCUCCCAGUAUGUCCUUGACAUUUUUUCAGACAUCAUAAUAGAUAACAUAUCACAAAAAUAUUAUUCUGUAAAAUUAUAUAAAUGGCACAUUGUAAUAGUCCAAGCUAUUUUUUUAACUGAAUUUUAGAGAAAAAAUGCUAAUAAGUAUCCAAGAAAUUAAAAUCUCUGUAUCCCCAUUGUUUUAAAAAUAUUUAAUUUGGGGAGUCAAUGUGAAUAUUUAUCAGCUAACAUUAAUUUAUAGGGUGGAUAAUUCUACUGCCACAUGUAUCUUUGCCGAUCAAGCUAGUAAGCAAUCAAAAAAGUUAAUAUGUUCCUAAAGCUCAUCAAUCACAAGUAAUUUCAGCUAAUAUUACCCAUGUGUGUAAUGUUAUUUAAAUGUUUAUAGAAGAGAUUUAAAAUUGGCAUUUUGUGAUGUUUUUUAUUUUUUUAAAUUGCAAUUGACCCCAAAGGCCUCAUUCUGUACUAAAAGUUAAACUCAAAAAAUUUUAAGUCACACAGAAUGGCAUAAUUUUCUGUCUAGUAUGUAAUUAUAUUUUUUAUGUCUGUCUUAAAGGGAUACUAAACCCAAAUAUUUUCUUUCAUGAUUAAGAUAAAGCAAGCGAUUUUACACAACUUUCUAAUUUACUGCCAUUAUCAAUUUUUCUUCGUUCUCUUGGUAUCUUUAUUUAAAAAAGCAUGAAUGUAAGCUUAUGAGCCAGCCCAUUUUUGGUUCACCACAUGGGUAGUGCUUGCUGAUUGGUGGUUAAGUGUAGCCACCAAUCAGCAAGAGCUUCCCAGGGUGCUGAACUAAAAACAGGGACGUCUCCUAAGCUUACAUUCCUGCUUUUCCAAAUAAAGAUACCAACAGUAAGAAGAAAAUUUGA